GUAUAAAUUGUUGCGAUUUGUCUGUUCCCUCACACUCACAUAACGCACUUUUCGAAAACCCACCUCUCCUGUCUUCGUCUCUAACUUCCCUUUUGCUUCUUCUGCACAAAAUAAACAUAUCAAUUGAAGUUUCUCCUUUGCUCGUUGGAGUUCCACGCGUAGAGAGAGCUGCCAUGGGUCGGCCUCCGAGCAACGGAGGCCCUGCCUUCCGCUUCGUCCAGUCCGAGGUUACGGAGAUGGAAGCUAUUCUGCAACAAUACAAUAACACAAUGCCAUCACGUGAAGUGCUUAUGGCCCUUGCGGAUAAGUUCAGUGAAUCACCAGAGCGGAAGGGCAAGAUUACAGUACAAAUGAAACAAGUUUGGAAUUGGUUCCAAAAUAGGCGAUAUGCUAUUAGGGCAAAAUCAAGCAAGGUUCUUGGGAAGUUAGAUGUGUCACCUAUGUCUCGCGAUGAUUCGGCUGCAGCAAGAAAUGUUCCUCAAGGCCCUCAGCAGAUUGCUGCUCCUAUACAUGCUCCUCCUGUUCCAGGCUCAGGAAAGGUUGUUCCUGAAAAUGCUAUCCAUGAGUUUGAAGCUAAAUCGGGGAGGGAUGGUGCAUGGUAUGAUGUUGCUAACUUUUUAGCUCAUAGAAAUUUGGAGACUGGUAAUCCGGAAGUUCUGGUUCGGUUUGCUGGGUUUGGACCGGAGGAGGAUGAGUGGGUUAACGUAAGAAAGCAUGUCAGGCAGCGCUCUCUCCCAUGUGAAUCAUCAGAAUGUGUUGCAGUACUCCCCGGAGAUCUCAUACUAUGCUUUCAGGAAGGUAAAGAGCAGGCUUUGUACUUUGAUGCCCAUGUCCUUGAUGCUCAAAGACGACGACAUGAUGUAAGAGGAUGUCGAUGUAGGUUUCUAGUGCGCUAUGUUCAUGAUCAGUCCGAGGAAAUUGUUCCAUUGAGAAAGGUCUGCCGUCGGCCUGAAACAGAUUACAGGUUGCAGCAACUGCAUGCUGUGAACGAGGCAAUAUCAGCAGAGCGGAAAAGUAUGGAGCAUUUUAUGGUUUCUGCUACUUCUGGCGAAAUGAUGCAAAAGCAGCAGAAUGCAGAAGCAGCGCAUGUUCCCCCAACUUUUCAUGUUACUGCUUCUUUACCCACCCAAGCUACAACUCCAGAAUUGAGAAGAACUGACAUCAGCACGGUUGUUAGUGCAGGGAAUUCUAAUGCCCCCGUAAGUAGUACUGCAGUCACAAGCGUGCCGGCUACAGUCACCGCUCCCGGUGGCUCGGUCUCAGGCGUGCCAAAAGGAAAUUAGUAGGUUGCUUUUGACAAAUUUGUCAGCCCCUUGGUGUCAACACAGUUUUCAUCAAUGUGUGAACUGAGUAUGAGCGUCCCCUGUAUACUAAUUCUGAAUGACAGGACUAGUUGAAGAGUGUUGUGAGAGAUUUUAUGACUUCAAUUGUAGCCUUCAGUUGUUCAAUCAAAAAGCUUUCAGUUA